AUGAAAUUAGCUAAAGAAUUUGAUCCUAAUUGUGAACGACAAUUAAUUGCUGCUUCAAAAAUUGAUAAAUAUGAUAAAGGUAUAGCCCAAAAAUUAGUUGGCGAAGGACCAGGUUCAAUGAAACUUCAAUUGGGUUGUGUUGCUGUACUAAAUCGAAAUCAAGAUGAAAUUGAUUCGAAUGUAUCAUUUGAAGAAAUGAAGGAACGUGAAAGGCAAUUUUUCAUAAAACAUCGUGAAGCUUUUCAAAAUUUAUCUGAUGAAUAUAAAGGUGUUGAUCAAUUAGUCAAAAAAUUAGCUACAAUUCAACAUAGUCGUAUUCGUUCAACACUGCCUGGGACCAUUGAAGAAUUAAGAAAUCAAAUUCGUAAUAAAAGGCUCGAGCUUAAAAAUAUUCCAAUGGCUAUGACAACCGAACAUGAAUGUUGGAGUAAAUUUCAAUCAAUGAUCGAUGCAUUUCGUGAAAGUAUUCAAGCUAAAGUCAAUGGUGAUUAUGAUUGUGAAAUACGAAGUAGUAUGUUUAAUGUAAAUAGUAAUGCAUCUGAAAAUACAAAUAAUACUACAACAGAAGCUUCGAGUCGUACCAAAGUAGCAUUUGUUCCUGUAUCUGGUGAUGAUCAUAUAGCAUAUCAUCUUUAUAAAUUUCUACAAAAAUUUCAAGAAGCACUACGCAAUAAACUUGCUCGUUUACCAACAAUAUGUUCUUCAUUAGUCAAAAAUAUACAUGAUUAUCUCAAUAUUAUUUUAUUAAAAAUAUAUCAUCAAACAUUUGAUCAAGAAUAUCCUCGUCUUAUUCAACGACUAAAAGAAGUUAUUAUUGGAAAAAUUGAUGCAGCUGAAGAACGAACAAUUGAACGUGUACAAGAAAUACUUGAUAUGGAAAAGAGAUUAUUCACAUUAAGUCAUGAAUAUAUGAAAACUAUACGCAAGAUGAGAGAAACUAACAAUACUAAUGAUAGAGACAGUAGUAAGCCAGUAAUAAUACCAUCAUCGACACAAUCAUUAGUAAAAGAACGAAAUGUAUCUGUAAACUCAAAUAAAAUACAUUACAUUUCGACGAUGUUUACUCCAACGACGAACCAAAGUGUUUAUACACAAGAUACAAAUGAAGUUCAUGCAGCAACAGAUAUUCAAAUAUCCUUAAAAGCAUAUUCCGAAAUCGUACAAACGCGUAUUAUUGAUAUCAUCUCUCAAAUAUGUUAUCAUCAAUUUAUUACUCUAUGUACACUAGAGGUUCAUAAAGAUAUGACUAUGGCCAUCUCAACAUCAGAUUUGAUUCGUUAUAUGAAAGAACCUUAUGAUCGAACGGUGCAACGACAAAAUUUAAAGCGUAGUAUCAAAGCAUACGAAGAAGCAUUAAAACUUGGACAAGAACAUUUAUAA